GUCUGAUCUGCCUUGUCAACAGGCGGACUGAUUGCUUGACUGAGCGUCUGUGUGGACAGCUGGCCGUCGACUUAUGCCUUUGAUAGGCAAGCACAGCACUGAUUGAUGCGCACAUGAACGCACACACCAGAAAGAGCCAUCUCUGUGUCCGUGAGGUUCGUGCAGCUGCCUGUGUGCAUCUCAGUGAGCUAUGUCGUCUGAUCGUCCCGACACCGACAUGGCCUCCCCUGCUAUGGCGGACGGUGACGAUGACGGUGCAGGUGCAACCAGAGCCAAGACGCCGUGUGUAUGUCAUCGUGUGAUUGCAGACGGUGAAGGGGAGGAGGAGGACCAUGGCGGCGCCGGGCACAUAGAGGGAGACAAUCGCAAUGGCGCUGACCGUGGUCAGUGACCGCACCAAACACAACAGCAGCACGUUCACCUGCUCGGCUGUGUGUGCGUUUGCUGUGUGUGUGCGUGUGUGUAGGUGAUGGUGGAGGCGUUAGCGGUGUGUGUCGGGGUCUCAAUGUUAGUGCUGGUGGCGCCAGUUGGCAGCAGGGCAGCGGGCAGAGCCAGGGGCCACAAAGCGGAGGUAAACAAUCGCCGACACACAAAUUGUUAAUGAGCCCGUCUAUCUGUCUGUCUGUCUGUCCGCUGUGCCGCCCACAGGUCCGCCGCUACCAUCUGGUUGGAAGAGCUCCGAGAAGGAGGUGGUCGUCGUCCGCCUCCCCCCUGGCACCAGUGACGCCAGCAGACGGUUGUCCAUGGCCAUCAUUCGCCGCACCAUCACCGACGCACAGCAGGUGACCCAGCUCAUCGAGCAGAAUGGAGCCGACCCCAAUGUGGAGCCACGGCUGCGGGUGGCGGGCAGCACGGGUCGCUAUUCCGCUUAUCCGCUGUUGUCGCUAGCGAUUGACGGCAUGACCACGAACAGCGUGCCGUCCAUCUGGGCAGGCAACGGCGACGUCGAUGAUGGCACUCCCGUCGUUUUGCCCAUGUGGGAGACGCCCGGCCUCAAACUCGCCGUCAUGAAGGCCCUCAUUGAAAGCGGCGCCGACAUCAACACGAGGCGUAGACCCAUCCGAGUGGCCAUCGCCUCGUGUAACCGGGAGGCAUUUGGGCUCCUGAUGGGCCAGCCAGGUGCACCCCCAUUCACACCACUCGCGACACGUAACACACACCAUGAUGGACGUUCGUCUGUCUGACUGUCUGUCUGUCUGGCUGUCUGUCUGUUCCAGGCAUCCAGCUGCGGGGGCUCCGCGUGAUGGAGCUGCCCGUCACACUGCCGACGGAUCAGCCGACUGAGGAGAGUGAGGCCACCCUGCUGUCCUUCUACCAGCUGCUCAUCCAGCGGGACAGCACACUCGCAGCCGAGCGGUCACCAAAUGGCGGCAAUCCAAUGCAUUGGGCGGCCAUGACGCCUCCGGUUUGGUCCCAGCAGUUCAUCGAGAACUACAUCGACCUGCUGGUGGCCAACGGGGCGGACAUCAGGGCCGUGGACAACGAUGGAGUGACGCCAUUGCACUACGCGGCCUUUCAUGGUUCCCACUGUGUCGCUACGUCUCUCUGCCGCCGUCUCACCGCUGCUGACACCCAGACACCCCUUGCCGUUGCCACCAUACAGCUCGAUGAGGUCACCCAACAGCUGCAGGACGACACCACGGGGCAGGCCGUGAGGGACCAGGCCAGCAUCCGGAUCCCCAACCUCAAGACCACCAUCCGUGUGCUGCUCCAGGCGGGCGCUGACAUCGCCAUCAUCCCCACAGCCACAGAGGAGGACCGCCGUCGUCAGCAGCUGGUGUUGGUGGAGCGCACGGCAGCGCCCAACGAGCUGCCCAUUCCCGAGCCGCGCCCCGCUACAGAAGCAGCGCAAGAGCGGCUGCAAAAGAUGAAGGAGCACCGCGACAAGCGCAAGGGCCGGCAGGCCACACGAGAGGCCAACGAGGCCCCUACAGCGGCCGACUUGGCGCGGCAGCAGAGGGAAGCCGACGCCAAGAUGGCGGCCCUCAUCAGAGAGGAGGAGGCGGCAAAGAAGAAUAAGGAGGCAGGCAAGAAGGGUAAGGAUGACGAUGCAGGUGCAACCAGAGCCAAGACGCCGUGUGUAUGUCAUCGUGUGAUUGCAGACGGUGAAGGGGAGGAGGAGGACCAUGGCGGCGCCGGGCACAUAGAGGGAGACAAUCGCAAUGGCGCUGACCGUGGUCAGUGACCGCACCAAACACAACAGCAGCACGUUCACCUGCUCGGCUGUGUGUGCGUGUGUGUAGGUGAUGGUGGAGGCGUUAGCGGUGUGUGUCGGGGUCUCAAUGUUAGUGCUGGUGGUGCCAGUUGGCAGCAGGGCAGCGGGCAGAGCCAGGGGCCACAAAGCGGAGGUACACAAUCGCCGGCACACAAAUCGUUGACAAUCUUCUCUCUCUCUGUCCGUCCGCUGUGCCGCCCACAGGUCCGCCGCUACCAUCUGGUUGGAAGAGCUCCGAGAAGGAGGUGGUCGUCGUCCGCCUCCCCCCUGGCACCAGUGACGCCAGCAGACGGUUGUCCGAGGCCAUCAUCAGCCGCACCAUCACUGACGUACAGCAGAUGACCCAGCUGAUUCAGCAGCAUGGAACCGACCCAAAUGUGGAGCCACAGCUGCGGGUGGCGGGCAGCACGGGCGGCUAUGCAGCUUAUCCGCUUCUGUCGCUGUGCAUCGACAAUCUCACGGACAACGGUGUGCCGUCUAUAUGGGCAGACGUCGGCGAUGGCCAGUGUCCCGUCGCCAUGCCCACGUGGGAGACGCCCGGACUCCAGCUCGCCGUCAUGCGAAUCCUAAUCCAGAGAGGGGCGGACAUCAACAGGGGUGCGGGAGUGGCUAGACCCAUCCGAGUGGCCAUCGCCUCGUGUAACCGGGCCGCCUUCGACCUUCUGAUGGGUCAGCCAGGUACACACCCAUUCACAGCACUUACCACACCUGACACAAACCAUGAUGUUCGUCGGAACGCCUGUUUGUCUGUCUGUCUGUUCCAGGCAUCCAGCUGCGGGGCCGAUUGGUGAUGCAGCUGCCGUUCACACUGCCGACCGACCAGCCGACUGAGGCGCACGAGGCCAUCCUCCUGUCCUUCUACCGGCAGCUCAUCCAGCGGGACAGCACACUCGCAACCGAGCGAGACGCCGAUGACACCAAUCCGCUGCAUGGUGCGGCCAUGACGCCUCCCGUCAGGUCCCAGCAGUUCAUCGAGAAGUACAUCGGCCUGCUGGUGACCAACGGGGUGGACAUAGCGGCAGUGGACAUUGAUGGGUGGACGCCAUUGCAUCUCGCGGCCUUUCAUGGUUCCCACUGUGUGGCUGCGUCUCUCUGCCGCCGCCGUCUCACCGCUGCUGACAUCAACAGGGGGCUGCCAAAUGAACCCACCCAGACAUCCCUUACCCUCGCUGCCGUGCGGCUCGAUGGCGACACCCAACAGCUGCAGGACAACACCACGGGGCAGGCCGUGAGGGACCAGGCCAGCAUCCGGAUCCCCAACCUCAAGACCACCAUCCGUGUGCUGCUCCAGGCGGGCGCUGACAUCGCCCUCAUGCCCACAGCCACAGAGCGAGACCGCCGUCGUCACAAACUGGUGCUGGUGGAGCGCACGGCGCUGCCCAACGAGCUGCCCAUUCCCGAGCCGCGCCCCGCCACCAUCGAGGCGCAGGAGCGGCUGCAGAAGCUGAAGGAGCACCGCGACAAGCGCAAGGGCCGGCAGGCCACACGACAGGCCAACGAGGCCCCCACAGCGGCCGAGUUGGCGCGGCAGCAGAGGGAAGCCGACGCCAAGAUGGCGGCCCUCAUCAGAGAGGAGGCGGCCAACAAGAAGGAGGAGGCGGCUAAGGCGAAGGCGGGCAAGAAGGGUAAGGGCAAGCGGGGCAAGGGGCAGCACAGCGCAACACCCGCCGCCGGCAGUCCGCCGGGUGGCGAAGACGACCAAGCGGAUAGCACUGGGGCAGCGGAUGACGACCAGCCAGCUUCCAACGAUGAGGACAUCGACGCCCUCCUGUUGGGGUCAGCCUUCGCCCAACGCGCCGUCGAAAGCCAUGCGCAGGCCAUCAACCAGCACAAGGCGGCCCCCACCAAGACCCAGCCAGCUGCCCACCCCAAAGGAUCGACUCAUCCCCCCUUCUCGCCCUCUCCGCCCCCCACAGCCAAGCAACAGGCCACCCUGCGGCCUUCAGCCGAUAAGUCUCGAUCCCACCAGCCCCACGAUCGCCCUCUGCUCUCUCGCCCCAGCGGUGUGUCGAUGGCCCACCAGACGCCGGGCGAGGAGCGGCUGAUGGGCCCAUCGGCAGGCAGCAAGUUGGACAGAGGCAGCGGGCUGGGCCUCUCUGGUGCUGCAUCAUCCCUGUCGUCUCGGCCGGCCCCUCCCCCUCCCCGUCUGCCGUCAGCUGUGGAGCUGUGCCAGUCGGGCAAGCGGCGACCGUUUGUGUCGUCGAGUCCCUCUCACCCGCCCCCACCCUCUCGGCCCCUGCCACCUGCACACAGACCGGCGAGCGGUGCCGAUGGGUCAUUUCCCCCUCCAGCGCAUGCGCCACAGCAGCCGUAAGGAGACAGACACAGAGAAGGGGGUGGAUUGGAGGGCACAAUGAAUGGCGUUGGUGCGUGUUGUCGUCUCUCUUUGUAUCAGUGACGACUUGCUUCCCUCCUCGUCGAGUGUGGAUCGUCCGUCGCGUCACCGGGGUCCUCCGCCACUCGUCAAGUGUCCCAAGUAGGGAACAGCCAGGCCGACAUCAGGACACCUCACGCACACAUCGGUGGGUGGUUAUCGUGCAUGUGUCUUCUCAGGUCGUCUGGAGCUUCGUUGAGCCACGAUGACGCCCGUCCGUCGCCAUUGUUUGAGCUGAGGUGCGCACACACGACCAACACACGCCACAUAGGUUCCUCCGAACCUCCAUGUUUGUGCUGUAUUGUGUCAGGUCCGCGGCUGAUGCAUUUCCGUCCUCCAGUAGCUACAACGGUUCCAGUGCUGCACCACCAGCUCCAGCAGCAGCCGCAUUCGCGGCACCAUACCAGAACCCACUAGGGUAGGCAGGCACACCAACACACACACCACGCCCCACACACCGGCGAUGGUGUGUGGUCAGGCCAUUGGAUGAUGAUGAGGGUGGACAGGGAGCCUCGGCUGCGGCUGCUGGUGGUGUGAAUGAUAGGUGGGUGGCACACAUACAUGGACAUUGACGCACCCAUGGGACGGAUACCAUUCCGAUGCCUUACCGUGUCUUCGUGUGUGUGUGUGUGUGUGCAGUGUGCGAGUGUCGUCACGAGAGGCUGAGCUGCAGCGGCAGAGGGACGAACUCGCCAGGCAGCUCGAAGAGACCCAACGAAGGUACGCUGGGAUGCUCGCUCCCCUCUGCAGCUCACACACACACACACACACACGUGUUAUGAUGCGAUUGAUGCACACAGGCUUGCCGAGCUCACCACCACCUCCUUUCAGCAGCACAAGCCGUCAUCGUCCGGCAGCUCGAGUGCCCCACCACCGCUACAGCAGCCCCCCCAGCAGCAGCAGCAGCAUCAGCAGCAGCAGCCACUGGCAGCGGCCCAGCCAGAGGGAGAUGGGCGUGAGUGUGCCAUCUGCCUCGACGCGCCCCCAUCGGUCAUGUACAUGCCCUGCAGACACCUGCGGCUGUGUCGCCACUGCUAUGACCACCGCUGCAGCAAGUGGCGGCGGGACCUCCAGCAGGUGCGGGCCGAGAAUGCGCGGCGGCGUGAGGAGAACGAGGGCAUCAAGAGACUGAACGAGGGCCGCAAGAAGGAGAAGAAGAUACCACUGGUGGAGCUGCUGGACGAGCCGAAGUACCUGUGUGAGCAGUGCAAGACCAAGGUGGUGUUCGCCGGGUCGCGCGAUGAGGUGCGGCAGUGGGCCGAUCAGCCCAUCACAUGACAUUCCUGCCCGCCUGCCAACAGACAUAGAUGUGGGAGAUGGCGGGAGGGAGGGGUGGCCUGACUGUGUG